CUGUAUGCACAUAACAAUUUGCUUCUACUGUACAUACUUAUGUAAGUAUUUGCGUGUAGAAUUUUUUUUUGCAACCAGCAAAACUUACUGCUGUUCUGUUGCUUGAGUUGCCAAUUGGCAUAAUAGGUUAGGUACAUAUGUAUUCUAAGAAAGACCGGUGGACAUAAGUAGUUUGUCCAUUGCCGUGAUGGAACUUUUUAGUUCACAUGGUUCAGUAUUAAACUAUUUAUUUAUUUUCCUUAAUUAAAAUAAUUCUGCAUAACUCUAUGGACCUAGAAUUGCUUCAUUCAGGAUAGUUCCUCAGUUUAUAACCCUCUUUGAGUAUGAAUUAGCAUAAGAGUUUUGGGAAUAAAUAAGGUACUUCAAUUCCAGCAAAGCAAGUCGAUUUUUCUUCAAUUUUUCAACUGAACAGAAAUGGCCCCCAACAUACGCGACCCUCCCACUUCAAAUGUCAACGAACCACCCACCGCCAACGUGAAGGAAGUUUAUUACAAGGGAUUCUUUUACGACGUUACGGAAUGGGUACGUCGUCACCCAGGGGGCAAGAUUAUCGAGUUUUACACAAAAAAAGGAGAAGAUGCGACCCUCCCAAUUCAAGAAUUUCAUAAUCGAUCCACCAAAAAAGUUGGUGCUAUUAUGAACUCUUUAAAAAAACGACCUGCCACCCUCGAAGAGCUUGGCCUGGACAAGGAAGCAAUUCAAAGACAUGAAGCAUUAACACGUGAUUUUCAAAAGUUGAAGGAUGAGCUCGUCGCGGAAGGAAUGUUCGAACCCAGCAUUCCACACGUUAUUUACAGAAUUUCGGAGUUAAUUGGAUUCCUCGUUCUUGGAAUGUAUUUGCUCAUGACGUCGCAAAGCUGGCCAGUUUGGACGUUUGGUCUCUUGUGCUUCGCAAUGUAUCAAGGAAGGUCAGGAUGGCUGAUGCAUGAGGGAGGUCACCAUUCUUUGACUGGGGUGCCAAACGUGGACAGAUUUCUCCAAGCGGUUAUUUACGGUUUGGGCGACGGGAUGGCGUCAAAGUGGUGGAGUAGCCAACAUAAUCGUCACCAUGCUAUGCCCCAGCGUCUCAAGCACGACGUAGAUCUUGAAACCUUACCCCUAAUCGCUUUCAACAAGGGGGUCGUCCGUCACAAGAAGCAAGGGACUGGAUUCUUCAUUCAACACCAGUCCACCCUCUUCCUCCUCAUCGACACCUUGUUGGUCGCAACAAUGUGGAAGGUUUAUCUUCACCCACGCUACGUCAUCCAGAGGGGGACUUAUAUUCAACUCCUCUUUAUGGGGCUGCACUACCUUUUCGCCUACAAUGUGGGAUUCGUCACUUAUCUCGUGUCCGUUUGGCUGGCUUCAAUUUACAUUUUUGGAAACUUUUCCCUCUCCCACACCCACUUGCCGAUCACAGAAAAACCUACGCAUUGGGUCGAAUACUCGUUGACGCAUACCAUGGACAUCACACCAGGUUGGAUGGUUGACUGGUGGAUGGCGUAUUUAAAUUAUCAGAUCGAGCACCACCUUUUCCCGACAAUGCCCCAGUUUAGGCAUCCGCUAAUCCGUGAUCGAGUCGUAGCUCUGGCCAAGAAGCAUAAUAUUCCUUACCACUGCGAUGAUUAUUUUAUUACGUUGGACAAAACCUUGCAAAACUUGGCUGACGUUUCAAAAGAUCUUAAACAUGGAAUGUAACAAAAUACAGAUAUUGAACACGAGUUAUAAUCCAGGUUGACCAGAAAACUUAAAAAAUUACUUAAUUCAAUCAUUAUAAAGUCGUUCAAUUGUUUUUUUGUUGCGGUUUGUUGUACUUGUUAUUUCGUCACAAAUAAAGAAACUAUGUGAUAUA